UCAACAUCUGCAGCUGCACCGCUUAAUUAUUAUUUUUACGCGGGUGGAGUAAAAGGCGCGUGCAGCGAGCAGCUGGAGUUUCCGACACUAGAAUACAGAACUUUAUUAUAAAGCAGGAGUUCAGGUUCAAAGCUCGACAAACACCUCCAGGUUCACCAUGGCAACCGAUCACCAGAACCCUACAGGCAAACAACAGAAUCCUACAUCCAGCACUUUCAAGCUGAUCAUCUACGAGCAGGAGAACUUCCAGGGCCGCUGCCAUGAGCUGACUGGGAUCUGUAACAACCUGCAAGAGGCAGGCGUGGAGAAAGUGGGCUCCAUCCUGGUGCUGUGUGGACCGUGGGUGGGGUAUGAGCAGCCCGGCUGUAAGGGUGAGCAGUACGUGUUGGAGAAAGGUGAGUAUCCUCGCUGGGACGCCUGGACCAACAGUCGACGCAGUGACUCCAUCUUCGCCUUCCGCCCAAUCAAAGUGGAAAGCCAGGACCACAAGAUCGUGCUGUACGAGAAUCCCAGCUUCGCAGGCAAGAAGAUCGAGAUCAUAGAUGACGACGUGCCGAGUUUCCACGCUCACGGCUACCAGGAGAAGGUUUCCUCUGUCCGAGUGCAGAACGGCACCUGGGUGGCAUAUCAGUACCCGGGGUACCGAGGGUACCAGUACCUGUUUGAGAAGGGCGAGUAUAAGGAGUGUUCUGAUUUCGGGGCUAAGGUGCCUCAGAUCCAGUCGGUGAGGAGGAUCCGUGACAUGCAGUGGCACCAGAGAGGAGCUUUCCACACCUCCAACUGAGCUUCUCUCUCUUCGCUUUUCUUCUCCAUGAAUUUGCUCUUCUCCUCCAGAAAUCCUCCUCUUCCUCACAACCCUAAUGAUGAUGAUGAUUCGUUUCAUGGCAGAUUGUCCCAGUGAUUCCGUGUGCUUCUGCUUCACGAAUAAAUAAAGCCGUUUUGCUUUACGAGGUCUCACCUUCUGAGCGUUCGUUCCUGCAGGAGCGUUUCAGCGAGAACGCUUUUGUUUUUUUUAGAUGUUUUUACUGCAGGAUAUUUCAGUCAUUUCUUCACAAGAACUGAUUUCACAAAAAAAAAAAAAAAAAAAAAACUCUUCUCUGAGGCAUGAAUGCAAACCAGAUCCACAUGUUUCUCAGCACGUUUCUGCCAGAUCUUCAUGAAUCUCACAUUAACCCUAAAGACACCGAGUCCACACGUGACCUGAUUCUGCUUUAAAGCCUAAAUAAUGCAGCAAGUUGCUAAACUCACAUGAAAACUGUCAAGGUUCCAGAUGUUUCCUCACAGAAGAUUCAGAGAAAUGACAGAACAUGGCUGAGUUUUGGUGUCCAGUGUUCCUGGAAAUGUCCUCAUGACUCAGCAGGAACAUUAAUGUGGUUUCUUCACUUUUAUUAAAAAAAACACAUGAAAGACUGUUAGGAAAAGUAAAUGAUUUGGUUUGCACUCAGAUUUGGGGUAAAGGUGUGUAUGGACACAGUCUUUGUGGAUGUAACUGUUAGGACAGGAGGACACACAACGUGGAAAGGUGGUGAUCUCAGUGUGUCACUCAGGGACGAGAUUUUAUCUUCUGUGUAUCAGUCUGCGUCUACAUUUUAAAAAGCUUCAUGUCCACACUUUAGUUUCCCAAAACUUGCUCUUCCACACCGAAACGUCUGAAAAUGCUCACGUUCCUGUUCUGCUCAUGUGCAAAAAAUACGACACUUUGACUCACGUCAUUUCCGCCUGCCGUUUAUUUACUUUCUGGCUGUUUGACACGUCGCUGCAAACGACUAAAAAUGCAUCAUCGCCUUUGUCGGUAUAAUUAAAGGAGG